GUCAAUGGGAAAUGAUUUAAAUGCUCAAAGAGUAAAGUUAGGUAUCGAACCGUAUUGGAACCCAAUGGCACGAAUGGAGAAUAUUUUAUGUUUGUUUAAUACUUUUCUUGGAUUUGAGAUACCGACUGCUAUGUUGCCACUCCAUCAAGAAAUUGGACCUGUUUUACCUGAUACUUAUCCAGAUCUAACUCCAGCUCUUGAUUCGUUUCUUAAUACUCAUCCUCGAACAAU